AGCCUCUCGCCUGUCGACAUCUGCUCGCACGAACGCGCGAUCUGCUUCAUUCCCUCUGCAGAAGACAAAAUGUGAGCACUGUUGGCCUCGUUUGUGAGUCACAAACGAGGCCACAGAUUGAAGUCGCCUCCAUCUUCACCUGACAAGCGAUGCAAUCCAAAAGCGAGUCCGUGAUUACAGCGUCUGCGUGUGUACAAGUACGCUCGAGAGCUUUCAAAGGAUGACGGCGGAAGACGAAGCAACCUGCUUGUCACGAGCCCACGGUCUCACAUUCCAAUCGACCGCCUAGAGAGCACUCGGCAAUGACGCCCGACGGUCGGAGGGAGGUACCAUUCGCGCCACUGAACCUGACGCUCGACCAGCAGCAACUCUGUCAAGAUCUCACGUUCCAGCUCUUAGACCGCACGCUGCGCAGCUAUGACGAGCGAGAUGCCUGCAGAAACCCCCUCUCGGGCUCUCCACGACAUCAUGCGAACCUCGACAGCACGCGCUGGAAGCAACUGAGGACGCAGACAAACGCUUCGCUGUAUUCUGAACGAACCAGCAAUACAUGUACUCCUCGAGAUCUUCAUCUUCCAGGUGACAUCUGGGAAAACCCAUGCGUGUUAUUGGCCGUCGGGACAAUCGAGAGCAAUCUAAGUGAGGUCAUGUUCGGGUUGGAAAUUCCCGACUUCCUCGCUAUGCAGGUCCGGUCCGAGACGCUCGGUAAACAGCCACUAGAUGGUGCCGUGUUGGCGCAGCUCGCUGGGCCAACAGAGGCCGAUCCGUUCCAGUUCAUGGGGAUAACGUGGAUGGUGGGGGAGCAAAGUUGGCCACUCAACAAGGUAGUGCGUCCACGUGAUUUCGUCAUCGUGACUGCGACAGGCGUUGUUAGUCGUCCGAAUGGCGAGCGCAUCGGGUACGAGGUAGUCCAAUCGAUCGACCUGCCACAAUGUCCAGCACUUCCAAAACCCAUGAUACGUGGUAAGCUCAUGUAUGGUGCUAUCUACCGACAAUUUGAAAAAGGUGCGGUGGACGUAUACAUCCAGAUGUACGUGGAGCCUCAAGGUCGCCUAGUGGAUAAAGUAGUGAUCGCUGCGAUGUGGGAAUCUACGUUGGGCUUCUGGAACUCCCCGCAGCUAUCGGAGACGAAAAAGCUGCAGUGGUGUAUUGAAAAUAAAAGCAUCAAGCGGCGAGAGCAAGCUUCGGAAUUGGCACAAAGCGGCAAAGUAGAGCCAAGUACCUGCGGAAAUUGUUUGAAGAAGAGAAGUAUGUUGUCGAGACGACGCAGUACCCACCCUGGUGACGACAAUACCUGUGCACUUUGUGCGACACCAUUGUGUUGGAGUUGCAGAGUAAAGAAGACAUUUAAAUCGCGAGGGAGACACAGCGCCAAGCUCGUGGAUAUGGAAAUUGCCGUAUGUAAAGCGUGCAUAUUGUUCGCGCAGAAGCAGUACCCGGCUACAAUUGCCAUGCACAACCAGAAGCAGCGACGAGCAGUUCUCUAACGGCUCGAUCUGCUGAAUGGCCGCAUGACGGUCCUUCUCCACGGGCGUAUGGCGAUCGCGGAUGUCGUAACGCACCAUAUCUUCGUCGUUUCCUUGCUGGCGGGCAGCUAGAAGCUCAAGUGGCUUGCGUAGGUGAUUUAGCGAGUGCCGCGUGUGUUGCCCGACUGAGCCCUCGACAAGGGGGCUGUGGAAGGUAUACACGGCGCCAUCCAGGUUGCUGAGAAAGGCCUUAUGCUGCUCCAGAAUGGCUAGUACGCAGACUGGGGCUCCAGAGAUGCCCUCCCCCAUGGAGAUCAUGCGCGCUAGUCCAUUGCGAGCGAUACGGGCGGCGAAUAUGCGAGAUCGGAGCAUUGUUGUACACUGAACGACUAACAGAACAAUAUCUGAUUCUGAUAAAUUGGGCAAUCAUCAGAACGUUGUUGCAUAGACCCGACAUAAUUGGGCAGUUUCCAACCGUUGGAUGGCAUUCAGACGAAA